UCGGUUUUCCUGGCAUAAGCUAACGGGCCACUCCGACACAGGUGGGGGCGAUCGAGCUCUAAAAGGGCAUUUGCCAAAGUGAAACAAGGAAAAAGAAGGAGAAUUCAGUACCUUUGAAUGAUGGAUACCGGAGUUUACUAGCGUCAUGCUGCUACGGUCCAAGCACCGUCAGACAGUGCAGUCUACAAUUUACAGCGACGCAAUGACCACCAGCACAGUAUUAUUAGGUGCUUUAUAGCAAAGUGAUUUUACCUGAUGACAUCUAAAUCAAAGACCCAGUUGACACCCCUGCCAUGGACAGAGAUCCUUGCGUAUUGGGUGCUGUCCUUUGGCUCACAUCUCUAUUCUUUCUACCAAUUGCACAGGUUCUCAAAACAGCAUGAAGCAGGAUUAGAGAGAGAAUUCCAGUUGGAAAAGGGUCUUCUUGAGGGUUAUAAAAGGGACCCAUCAGACUUUGAGUGGAGUUUCUGGACUGAAUGGGCUAAGAAGUCUUUGCUGUGGACCCUGACUGGUCAUGGCAUCAUAUCGAGACUGACCAGCAUCUUUUAUCCCAAGCUCAGGGUGCCAGUACUCACGAUCUAUGGCCUCUUAGCAGCCAGCAGCGUGUUGGGGGUUAAAGGUGUGAGUGUGCUGGUACAUCUGGGCCUGUCCUUUUCAGUGGCCCAGCUGAGAAAAACCACUUUAUCAUGGGCAUGUAACCUGCUGCUGCUCUCCACACUUCACAUCCAGCCACUUCAAGAGAUCCAGAGAAGCUGGUAUGAGACAGAGGAGGAGUACUAUCUGCUGCUCUUCAGUGUUGCUGUCUGCGGUCUGCGCUUUAUCAGCUUCAGCCUGGAGCACUGCUGGUGCCCUCCAGACCGUGGUGGAGUUGUGCCGCUCUGUUGGUUGUUUUCGUACACCUUUUAUCAUCCCUUUUUCUACAAUGGACCCAUUAUCACAUACAAAGACUACAUUGAGCAGAUGCGGAGGCCUGUCGAGGAGAGUGACAGGGACGGAUCUGCUCUUAGUUACUUGGUGCUCAGAUCUGGACGGAUCCUACUGUGGUGGUGCAUUGCAGAGUACAUGAUCCAUGUAAUGUACAUGCACUCCAUCCAGUCUAAUGAGACCUACUUACAAAUUCUUCCUCCUUGGGCCUUGGGUGGUCUGGCCCUGGCCCUCGUCCAAUUCUUCUAUGUGAAGUAUCUGGUACUGUUUGGUCUUCCAUCCAUGCUGGCUACUUUGGAUAAACUGGAUCCCCCCAAGCUUCCUUCCUGUGUCAGCAUCAUGUACAGUUUCACAGGAAUGUGGAGGCACUUUGAUGAGGGUCUGUAUCGAUGGCUCAUCAGGUAUGUCUACGUGCCGUUGGGAGGCUCACGACACGGCCCUCUUUACAAAAUAUUAUCCACUGGCCUUGCGUUUGGAUUCGUCUGCCACUGGCACGGUGGCCAUGACUACUUACAGUACUGGGCCCUAAUGAACUGGGCUGGAGUUCUGGUGGAAAACGGGCUGAAGUCUCUCUUUGCGUCAUCCUUUAUUCACUCCAUUGUUGUAAGUUGGAAAUCCAAGCAUUCCCUGGUUUUCCCAUUGAUUUGAUGUUCAGUUAAGAUGCGUGGA